UUUUUUUCACCUAUUCAUGAGUAAAUGUACUUUCAGUUGGUCAGAAACUAAUUUCUGAAGUCAGCCAAACACUAAAACAAUGAGACCUCCUCUGCACUCUUGUCAUCAGGCUCCUCCAUCAUACACACCAUUACACUUGCGCUUCCCAGCUCGUGGCCGGCAGGGUGGGACAUUGGUUCCCAUGGUGCAUGUUGAUGACAGAACAGAUGGUUAGGGUUGUUUGUUUUGUCGGAGUCAGAGCCGUUUCAGUCCAGCUGACCUGCGCCAGGCAGCUGCUCGUCACUGUGCGCUGUGCGCCGCUGCAGCGUUUCCACUGCUGAAGUAGACUACCAGCGUGCCUGCAGCAGCACCGGAGAUCAGAGCAGGGGUUUUCUUUUUACGCCUGCAGAUGUGAUUUACUCCUGUUCAUCCUCUGAUUGUCUAUAUUCCUUAACACAACCUGAACCUCUCACGUAUCAUCCUGGAGAUGCGGAUACCGCCUGGGUCACACACAGUAGCCUGCAGCAGCCUCGCGGACGGAGGGUACGGCGCUUUAGAGGUUUAAACCUCAGAGAAAAAACACUUGAAGUGAGUCAAGUUUGGACCAGAUGAUCUUCUGUCCCGGUUUCAGCAAAUAACUUUCUCCUGGAUAAGAAAUCACCUCUCUGAAGAGUGCCUACAGCACCUACCAAGCACCGAGGAAGACUAAUGCUCAUGAACCUUCCCUGCAGGCCCUUCCCCAGAACCCUGCCUCUCGUCUAAGCUUUGUGUGAGCAGAGAGAGAGAGAGAGAGAGAGAGAGAGCAGACAUCAUGGCACUCGCCUCACAGCCCUGGCCUCCUCUACUCUGGCUGUGCAUGGGAUUGCUUCUUUCCUCUCUGUUGCCCGUACAUGGCAAAGAAUGUCCCCAUUUGUGUGUUUGCGAGAUCCGCCCUUGGUUCACCCCCCAGUCGACCUACAAAGAGGCAACCACAGUGGACUGCAACGACUUGAGGCUUACGCACAUCCCUAUCAAUCUGUCAGUGGAUACGCAGGUGUUACUGCUGCAGAGUAAUGCCAUCUCUCACACCAGUGGAGAGCUGGAAGCGCUGUUCAACUUGACAGAGCUGGACCUAUCCCAGAAUAACUUCAGCACAGUAGAAGCUGUUGGCCUCAUAGGCAUGAAGCAUCUAACCACCCUACAUCUAGAGGAGAACCAGAUCAGCCAGCUGCCAGACCACUGCCUUGGAAACCUCUCCAAUCUCCAGGAGCUUUACAUCAACCACAACCAGAUCACUUCUAUCUCGGCUCAGGCAUUUGCAGGCCUGCGUAGCCUUCUGCGCCUUCAUCUAAACUCCAACAAGCUCCAUGUCAUUGACAGUCUCUGGUUUGAAGAGACACCCAAUCUGGAGAUCCUGAUGAUCGGGGAGAACCCAGUGAUCGGCCUCCUCGACAUGAAUUUUAAGCCUCUAGGGAGCUUGAGGAGUCUUGUUCUGGCUGGUAUGGACCUCACCGAUGUUCCAGCAAAUGCUUUUGUUGGUUUGGAUACCCUUGAAAGUAUUUCAUUCUAUGACAACAAACUAGUCAGAAUCCCUCAACUGGCCCUUCAGAAAGUUCCCAACCUGAAAUUCUUGGAUUUAAACAAAAACCCGGUUCACAAAAUCCAGGAAGGAGAUUUCCGGAACAUGUUGCGUCUAAAGGAGCUGGGUAUCAACAACAUGAUGGAGUUGGUGGCGAUUGAUCGCUAUGCCAUGGACAACCUACCAGAACUGACAAAGCUGGAGGCCACAAACAACCCUAAGCUGUCAUAUGUGCACAGGUUGGCCUUCAGGGACAUGCCCUCCUUAGAGAGCCUGAUGCUUAACAAUAACGCCCUCACUGCCCUUUACCAGCACACUGUAGAGGUGCUGCCUAAUCUACGUGAGAUCAGUCUGCAUAGCAAUCCAUUGCGCUGUGACUGUGUCAUUCAGUGGAUGAGUUCCAACAAGACCACAGUGCGCUUCAUGGAGCCUUUGGCCAUGAUGUGCAGCUCCCCACCAGAGCUCAGAGGCCAGCGAGUUCGAGAGCUUAGGCUGCUGGAUUCCCCUGAACAAUGCCUCCCCCUCAUAUCUCACAACACCUUCCUGAGUCACUUGAACCUCGAAAUUGGCAUGAGCAUCAGUCUGGACUGCAGAGCCAUGUCCGAGCCAGAGCCUGAGAUCUACUGGGUGACUCCACUUGGGUCCAAAAUCACAGUCGACACUGUGUCAGAGCGGCACCACUUGAGCAGUGAGGGAACCCUGCGGCUGAAUCAUGUGCAAGUGGAGGAUUCUGGUCGUUACACCUGUGUAGCACAGAACACAGAAGGGGCUGACACAAGGGUUGCCACCAUCCGCGUUAAUGGAACCCUUCUUGACAGCGCACAGGUGAUGAAGAUAUACGUCAAGCAGACAGAGUCUCACUCCAUCCUGGUCUCCUGGAAAGUCAAUUCUAAUGUCAUGUCCUCCGACCUGAAGUGGGCCUCUGCCACCAUGAAGAUUGACAACCCACACAUCACCUACACAGCUCGUGUCCCUGUAGAUGUUCAUGAGUACAACCUGACGCACCUUCAACCUGCCACAGAGUAUGAGGUGUGCCUCACAGUCUCCAACGUCCACCUGCAGACACACAAAUCCUGCGUCAACGUCACAACUCGUGGCUCCACCUUUGCCUUGGACCUCUCAGACCAGCAUCCAAGCGCUGCUGUGCUGGCUGUCAUGGCAACAAUGCUAGCCUUUCUAAGUCUGGGUACUGUGGGCGUCUACAUGGCCCGCAGAUGGAAGAGAAAAAACUACCACCACUCUCUGAAGAAAUACAUGCUGAAGACUUCCUCCAUCCCCCUGAAUGAGCUGUACCCUCCACUCAUCAACCUGUGGGAGGCUGAAGGUGAGAAGGACAAAGAUGGCAGCACAGAGGGGAAGCCCUCUCCUGUUGACACCACACGUAGUUAUUACAUGUGGUGAGAGUUGAGUAAGGAGGCCUGGCUGCCUCUGCAGCAGCACAAAAAGACACACUUUUGCUAUUUUGAUGCAAAAGUUGGAUAAAGUUGCAAAUGUUUUUUGUAUUCUCAGCUUUGCUAAUAUGAGGCAGAGUGAUCAAGGACACGAUUUUUUUAGUAUAGCGUAUCGCCUUUGUUUGAUUCUUUCUAUCUCUUACAUUGUUUUGGACUCUCAAAGAUGGCAGCUGUAUUUAGCCUGCAGGUUGUCUUAGUUGCUAAGCUUUUGUUUCUGUGGUGCAUUUCUGACUCACUUUCUUUUGAGUUAAACAUACAGCAGCAGGGGCCGAUGGUCCUCUUGCAGCAUUAGUAGAAAUCAGUGUUUCUUUGACUGUUUCGUAAAACAGGUAAUCUGUUGUGCACUGAUAGGUAAUGGAGUUUGUCUGAACUUCAAUUUAAAGCUGACAGCAGGGUUUAGACUUGUUAAACUGUCAACUGAAUGUUAGCAUUGUGCAGUAAUGUUGUAUCAACUAUACCUUUAAAAUAUCUUUUGAUUUGCAAGAAGAUAGGAUUUUAGUUUGCUUAUACUGUGAUAUUAAUGCUAGAAAUACAAAUGUUUUAAAAGUUUUGAGUUUGUUUUACUUUAACUACAGUGCACUAGUAUCCCUUUUGACCCUUUCCCUGUUCACUUGCUUAUUUUGCUAGACCUUUUUUUUCCUGAUUUCUUAGUUUAUUAUUUUCACAUGCAAUAUGUAAAGCCUACUGAAGAAGUUAAAAUAAAUAAUUUUUUGGCCUUUUUGCAGAAACUUGGUGUGUUUUUUUUUUUCAAUCCUCCCAAUCUCCCAGUCUUAGAGGUAUUAAUAUCCUUUCAGUUUUGACAGGCACGCUCAUUCCCUGGGAAAACAUGCAGUUGGUUUCAUUUGGAUUCUUAAUCUUGUGUCUUAGAAGAACUUAAGCCAUGCUCAGUCCAAAACUGCCUGAAUCAGCUUUUCACUGUCACAGCCCAGACUGCUCGUCACAGGCAGAGCUUAUACUGUGUCAGCUUAACUUUUCAAACGAGUUCAUGCAUUUGACUGACUGUUAGGGCAGCCAGAUAUGCGUACAUACAGACAUACAGACAUACAGGCAGGCAUGCAGGCAGGCAGGCAGCCAGCCAGCCAGCCAGCCAGACAGACAGACAGACAGAUAGAUAGAUAGAUAGAUAGAUAGAUAGAUAGAUAGAUAGAUAGAUAGAUAGAUAGAUAGAUAGAUAGAUAGUUGAGCAUGUGCUGCCCUCUGCUGGAGGUGGCCAACACCCCGAUCUAUGUUAGGGUUUUGAUAAAACUCAGAAAUAAAACGGCGCCACAUUGAGGUUUAGCAUACGUUGAUUUCAUUUAAGACUGCAGUAUAUUUGGCAGAUAAAAAUCUAAACCACAUUAUGACAAAAAGGGUCCAGUUUGGCUUUAUUUGAUCAAGACCCAAUAUACAAUUUGAGUUAUCUUGGACAACAGAAGUUUAACACAAAGUAACAAAAACAAAAAAUCCAUCAUUACACAUUAGCUUACAUUACAUGUCAAUGAAGACAGACAGGAAUGUUAAGUAUUCCAUUUAUUACAGAUAUAAAAAUUAUUCUACAGCUAUUCUGAAAGCAGCAGCUCAGAAACUUCAUAUGGACUUUCUCACCACAAAUUUUAGCAAUUUUUACAAAACCAAUUAUCUCUCUUUAUGGCUUAUAAAAUAUCAGAAAUACACAAAUUUAUAAAAGUCCACACAUCUGCCAGACAGUUAGAUAUUUUUCAUUUCAGACCAGCCUUCUGUAUAUGUAAUCGUACAGGCACAGCGAGGAGCAUUUAUGUUGCAUUAACUGUUUGACUCUUUCGUCCUCAAAGAGAAGUGAAACAUUCACAUGCUGACAAACAUUAAAUCCUGCUCAGAACAAGUUUGCUCUUUAACUGAGCAAAGCCCUGGUUGAAGAGUUUCUUUGUAAAAAACUAAAACGUCCAAAAUAUAUUGUAAAAUAUUUAUUCUCUUUAUCUAAAGGAAAAAGCUGAAUGUUGAAAUGGGUAGAAGUGUGUUUUUAAGGUCAACAUGACCAUGCCAUGAAAAUGAAGGCAUUUUAACCGUUCGACAGAGUGCCUUGAAAGAGCACCUCAAGCUUUCACCUUUUUUGAGUCCAUGAAGUGCUCCUUCCUCCAU